AAUAAUGUUUUAUUAGGAGAGGGACGUGUACUUAAAGUAAAUUAAAACGCCAUACCUGGACACAAGAAUGAAUUGGAUUAAUAUACGUGGAUAGACAAAAGCAUUGGAAUUUCUUACAUGUUAUAAUAAUUGUGAUCAAUAUCCAUUACAGCGAUAAACAAGAUGCAAUAUUCAAAUAUCGAUUAUGAAAGCCAGACAACUGUGACAUUUACGUAGAAAAGUUUCUAGAGGAUAAAGCUAUCAUCUUACCUGUACAUCCACAGGUGUCACGUUGAGUGUAGGUGUCACAUACAGGUGACACACAAGGAUGGAUACUAUGGAGCUACGACAGGGGUCAGUGAUGUCUGAUAUCACAAGUAAGGCCAAAACAUCACAGAGGAGGACCUCGAUAAUGACGAGGAACAACAACAGCACGAGCCUGGCCGCAACAAGUGUCAAGGCCCAAGCGCUGGCCAAUAAGUACCGCCUCUCCAAGACUCCCAGCAAACGAGCUCCACCCACAAAAGUUCUAAGGAUAAAGAAACUCAACGAGAUGCACGCGGCUGGCGGUUUUGAUGUUAAAGAAGAGUCACUCGAAAAGGAGAGAAUUCGGAAACAAUCUCAAAGGACAAUUGGUCAGGGGUUGAACUUCGACGAGUUCGAUGAUUUUGAUUUUGAUGAGGAAGAGGAGUAUUACUAUGUUGACAACAGUGAUGAAGACGCCAGUCAGAAGAUCUACACAGAUGCAUGCAAGGAAUUCGGGGCCAAAUACAUGAAGCUAAUUUACAACCAGCUCGUGAAAGAGACAUUAAGUUUACUCAGUGUGGUACUUAGAACCUUGGACAGUAAGGCGUUCGCUACAUCCCUAGUGAAAAAUUCGUCCAUUGACACCUUGAUUCUGGAGAAUAACCGGAUUGGGGGUCGAGGGGCGAGAUACUUUGCAGAGGUGCUGACUCGGAAUACCUAUCUCACAGACGUGAAAAUCGUCGAGAAUCAUUUAGGUUCGGAAGGUGCCGAGGCGAUAUGUAAAGCACUAUGUCACAACAACUACGUAAGACGACUCGAUCUAUCAGGAAAUGGUUUCAUUGAAGAUGAUGCACUCUUCUUCAAAGACAUGUUAGACGAAAACCACGCCUUACGAGAACUGUACCUUGGUCACAACGAGUUCCGGGAGAGAGGCGGUGAGGUGUUUGCAGACGGGCUUGCUACGAACGACUUCCUAAGGGUGCUUGAUCUUAGUUGGAACCACCUGCGUAUGGCCGGAGCUACAGCAAUAGGAAAGGCGCUUCAGGUCAAUCGUCAUUUAGAAAAGCUGGAUAUUUCAUGGAAUGGUUUCCACGUGCGGGGCGCCAUCACAAUGAGCAAGGCGCUUGAGACAAAUCAAGCUCUCUCGUAUCUCGACAUAAGCUGCAAUCGCCUCACUGACGCUUGUAUCACGUGUCUGCUACAAGGACUGAAGCACAAUUCUACGCUGAGAGUCAUUCGGAUGGCUAAAAACCCUAUGUUCCCGGCCAGUGCCCAAAGGAUCCUUGAGUGUGUCCAGGAAAAUCCUAACAUAGGAUUGGAUCUCAUUGACCUCGGAGACCAAAGUGUGACAGAAAAGUUCUACGAGAUCCUGUCAGGCCUGAAUAAGAAGCGACAAGGGUUCAAGGUGAAAUACGGCGUGGUUUGGAAGGCUGACAGGGAGGUUCUAGGCAAACAGGAUGACGAUGAGGACGAGGACGAUCUCAUCAACGAAGACCCUCUUCUCGUCCUUAUGGAAUAUGCGCGCAUGGAGAACAUUUCACUAGUGGAACUCUUCGUCAAACUCGACAGUGACAAGAGCGGGUCGUUAUCACGAGAGGAGUUUAUGGACGGUUUGGAGCAAGUCAACAUUCCAAUGAGGAGAAAAGCUCUGAAUAAAUUGAUCGACAAGAUGGACCAGGACGGCGACGGAGAAAUUGAUUUUGAUGAACUGAUGAGUGCUCAUGACGAACACAAAGACAAGCUCAAAGAGUAUUUACAGGGUGAUGUCCCUUUGGAAGAAACGGAAAUUGGACGGAUUGACAAAUCUCUGAGAAAUGUCAUGAAUAAACGGUAUAUAAUGCAUAAGUUUUAAUCAUUGUCAUUAGUUUCGCGGACGCUUAAACACUUUUAACCAUUAAGCUCAUAAGUCUUCAUACCGAUUGGCGCAACUCCAUAUGUAUAAACUAGACGAAAUCAUAUUAAAAUCACUCAAAUUCA